AUGACACGCCACCUGCCCCUAGGGCUCGUCAUCGAGAUUCUUGAAAUGAGAGUCGGAGACAUUCAGAAGAUGUCAAGUUCAGCUGUAACAAAAUGUUCUCUAAGCCAAGCCUCCGGCCGUAAUCAGGAUACGACGAUCGAUCUUUUGGAUUAUCUUCUUCUGGUCGACUGGCGUGAAAGCACCGAGAAACGCGACACACGAUUGUCGUCGACGGCAUCUGCAUGGGCACGAACCUCCACAGCAGCGGGGGCCGUCAAAGCGGAGGUUGUUCAGAAGUCCCAUUGGGAAAAUGGACGCAACUUUACAAAUGCAGAGAAAGACACGUUCGAGAACGACCACAAGGCCUACCUCGAAUUCCGACAGAACCUCAAAAAGGACCUCCACGGCGGCCUAAAGUUCUACUACAUCACAGGGAUCAACGGCGACAACGAAUUCCUUGAGAAGAUUCUACUCAACUACCCACCCGGCUGCAAGCAAAUAACCCCCGUCGCCAGGGAACCCGCAGCCCUCAUCAUCCCAGAUGUAAUGAACAUCAACACGCCCAUCACGCGCAUCACCGCAACAGGAAUCCUUACCGCAGAUAACAUCCACUGUCUGGUCGACGCCAUAAUCGCGGCCACGGGCUUCCAAAACGGAUUCUUCUCGCUAUUUUUCCAAUAA